UCCGCAGCAUGUUCCGCGCCAGCAGGCAGAGCAUCCCCGGACCUGUCACCAGAAACCUGGAGGAUCUGGACUCUGUUGAGAGCAUCCUGCUGCACAGUGACUUUGAACCUGAAUGGCUGGACAGUGUGCAGAAAAACGGAGAAUUGUUCUAUUUAGAACUAAGCGAAGAUGAAGAAGAAGCUGUCCUUCAAGACAAUUCUGUGGAUGUGCCUGUAGUGAACCGUGUCAGGUUUUGUGAAAAUGAACCUGAGGUUAUGCACGAGAGAUCUCGAAAACAUAGUCAGAAUGAGCACAGAUUGGAAAAACUCACUAAAAUAUUAAAAAAUAAAAAUCUUUUAGCAAAACACUCUAUAAAGAAGAAAGCAACUGGUAAAUGUGAUGUACAUGCCUCUGGUCCAGCAUCCAUAUUGAAACACCAUUCUACUCAGAAGAUGGGAGUUGUAGUCCAACAACGGUACAAAGAUGUCUAUGUGUACAUAAAUCCAAAGAGGCAAUCAAAUGCUGAGACGGGAGAGCAGCUCAAGCUUCUGGAGUCAUUAAUAGGGAUUGCCCAUCAGCCUCCAUGGGGGAAAGCUGAAAAACACAGACAUGGUAUUGAGUCCAGAAGUGCUGAAGAAGAGAAACUUGUUGUGCAUGGCUUGAUUCCAGGCAGCUCAGCAAUAAGGUCUGGUGAAAUCUUGAUUGGAGAUGCUCUUGUUGCGGUAAACGAUGUUGAUGUCAACUCUGAAAAUAUAGAAAGGGUUUUAUCUUGCAUUCCAGGUGCUAUGCAGGUGAAGCUUACAUUUGAAACAUCAGUCUUUGAGCUGGAAGGAGCAUCCCCCCAGAGGUGUAAGCCACCACAAUCCUCUAUGAAUAACUUGCUCAAAUUGCUAUGGAAAGACCAUAACAAUGACCCACAGUUCUCUAUCCAAAGUAUACCUCAUAUUAUUAUGUAUCUCUCACUCAAAUUGGACUCUGAUACCUCUAAGGAUGAGCAAGAAAUCCUUUAUCAAUACCCGAUGUCAGAAGCAUCCCAAAAAAUGAAGAGUGUAAGAGGGAUAUUUCUAACAUUGUGUGACAUACUGGAAAAUGUGACAGGAGCGCAUAUCAUCAGUUCAUCUAUGUUUCUAUGUGGGAAAUUAAUUCACGUGGCUUACUGGAAGGAAUCUGACAAGCUCCUAGUAAUUGGCCUCCCAGCUGAAAGUGUACCUCUUUCUCAGCUAAGGAACAUGACUGCCGAUGUAGUCCGAACGUUAAUGUUCAUGUAUGGUUCUCUGGACAGUGCUUUUUGUCAGAUGGAAAACAUUUCCCGGAUGGAUCACUUUUUCUGCCUGUUCUUCCAGCAAGCGCUUCAACCUGCCAGGCUCCACUCAAGGGUCAGCCCAGGUUCCCAUCACUAUGAUGCGUGCACUGCAUUGUUUUUAUAUAACUUUCCUGGAGUACGUUGGCUGUCACUGCCACAAGAAAUCAAGGUGGAAAUUGAUACAGCUCUGAGUGACUUGGAGGCAGCAGACUUUGCAGAACUGUCUGAAGAUUUCUAUGACAUGAGACGACUGUACACCAUUUUGGGCUCGUCCCUCUUCUAUAAGGGCUAUUUGAUCAGUAACCACUUGCCGAAGGAGGACCUGACUGAUAUUGCUUUAUAUAGCAGACAUUAUUGCCUCUUACCCUUGGCAGCAGAGCAACGAAUUGGUCAGUUAGUAAUAUGGAGAGAAGUGUUCCCUCAGCACCACCUUCAGUCAUGUAAAAGUUCAUGUGACGGAUACAGAGAACCUGAAGCAAGAUACUUUUUACUCAUAGUUGGCUUGAAGCACUUUAUGCUGAGUGUCUUGCUGGAGGCAGGAGGCUGUUCUUCGAAAGCCUUUGGAAAUCCGGGGCCAGACUGCAUCUAUGUGGAUCAAGUCAAAGCAACAAUCCUUCAGCUGGAGGGAAUAGAUCUCAGCAUAGAUGAGAGACUAGAAUCACCCUCUGCUCCACUGUUGUCCUGUGUGGACUGGUUCCUCCCCUCAUCACGCAACAAACUGGAGAGCCUGGCCACCUUGCCUCUCCUCGGCAAAUGGCAAAAUACCUCACAUUCUGUGGUUUCACCAGCAAGCAAAAAAAUGCUUUUGGGUGAUUCAACCUUAAGAACACGUAAAACGAGUCCCUUACGUGGUAGUGGAGGGUCCAGCAAUGACGGUGAUGGUCCUGAAGGAGGAAGAGGGAACAUUAAUCCGUACGCUGCACAAUCAAAAAGUCCUGCUGGAUUUGACAGAAGCGGUAGUCUUUUUAAGAUCACUAAAAAGAAAAAUAUUCUUCCAGGUCCAUUUAAUUUAGGAAGCCUGAAAAAGAACCUUUCAGAUAAGGAGACUGAACUGUACAAUGCUAUGAAGUUGACAUCUGGCCCUGAGAACACCCUGUUCCACUAUAUUUCUCUAGAAACAAUGCAUGGAAUUUUUAUCACUCCGACACAUACGGAAGUAGCACAGCUCGGUGGAAUUAUCCACCCCCGGCUAAUCCAGAACUUCCAUCGCUGUUGCCUUUCCAUCCGUUCCCUUUUUCAGCAAACCAUGACGAGAGAAACUAAAAAGACUGCAGGUACCAGGAGAAGUUCACAAUCCAAAAAAGCAAAUUCUGGACUACAUCAAGUAAGAGAACAUGGAGUGUUGUUUGAAUGUUCACCCGACAAGUGGACUGACCAAAAGAAACCACCACCACCUAUAAUGUACUGGGUUGUAGGGAGACUCUUCCUAGAUCCAAAGCCUCGGGAGUUUUAUGUCUGUUUUCAUGACUCUGUCACAGAGGUCGCUGUUGAGCUGGCUUUUAAGCUAUCCUUUGGCUUAGCUCUGUAAUAGUGUUCAGCAAUACAACUGUCAAAAGCAAAAUUGGAAACCUCC